AUGCCAAGGAAUCGUUGGCAGAAAUCAUUUAAAUCCUUUUUCGGGAGUCACAUUGAUCCUGAGAGAGACGAGGAGCUGAAAGGAACCAAAGCAGAGGUUGAUGGCAAGGUGGAGGAGAUUUUAAAGGCUCUUAAAGAAGAAGAAGAAGGGCAUGGGAAAGGACCAGUUGCUGAUCUGGUCAAGGAUUUCUAUAAUCACUACCAAUCUCUUUAUGAUCGAUAUGAUCAUCUGACAGGAGAAUUGCUAAAAAAAGUACACGACAAACGAGGAAAUGAUGGUUCUUCGUCUUCCAGCUCAGAUUCAGACUCGGAUGAUUCUCCAAGGAAAAAGGGCCCCAAAAAUGGUAAAAUGGAAAAUGAUUUCGAGAAUAAUACAGCAAGCAUUAAGCAAGAACUCGAAAGUGCAAUUCUGCAGGUUGCAGACUUGGAGAGGAAGCUGACAGCGACAACAGAAGAAAAUGAAGCAUUAAGUUUGGAAUAUCAAAGAUCUUUGAGCAAAAUACAAGAAGCAGAGAAAAUUAUAGCAGAUUUGAAUAAAGAGAAAUUAAGACUUGUCACAGAAAAUGCUGAUCUCAGUAUGAAACUGGAGAGUGCUGGUCAGUUGAAACAAGAGAAAGAAGCACUACAGAUAGAAUUGGAAGCAUUGAAAGGGGAAUUUUCUACCUUGAAGGAGCAUCUUGAAUCAGCAGAGAAGGAAGUAACUGAGUUACAUCAGACUCAAAAGGCAACUGAAGAGGAGAAAAAUACUCUGUCUUCAAAAAUUUUGCAACUCGAGGAUAACAUAAAGAAGGCACAAAAUGAAACUCAAGAUCUGGUAACGGAAUCAAGCCAGUUAAGGGAGAAACUGCAUGAGAAAGAAAGAGAGCUUUUGACUCACUUGGAGAUGCAUGAGACCCACAAAAAUAAAACAUCAGCUCAUGUGCAUGAUUUGGAACUGGAACUUGAUGCAUCGCAUACCCAGAGAAGGGAAAUAGAGAAACAGAAAGAUGAAUUUUCUACUCUCCUGAAAAAACUUCAAGAUCAAGAGAAAGAUUCAGCAUCUCGAAUUAACAAUUUGACAGCCGAAAACUCUGAUCUGAAUAUGAAACUGGAAAGUGCUGGUAAGGUACAAGCUGAACUGAAUCAGAAACUAGAAGACAAGAAUACAGAGUGGGAUGGUUUAAUCUUGGAGAAGGAGAUGGCCAUCAAUAGCACUGAAGAGGAGAAGAAAAAUGCAGAAAUUUUGAGAACCACUGCUGAUCAAUUGAAGCAAGAGAAAGAAGCACUACAGCUAGAACUGGAAGCAUUGAAAGCGGAAUUUUCCACCUUAAAUGAGCAACUUGAAUCAGCAGAGAAGGAAGUGGUCAAGCUCCGUCAGACCCAAAAGGCAACUGAAGAGGAAAAAUACGCUCUAUCCUCAAAAAUUUUGCAACUUGAGGAUGAAAUUAAUAAGGCACAAAACGAAAUUCAAGAUCUUGUGACCGGCUCAAGCCAGUUAAAGGAGAAAUUGGAUGAGAGGGAGAAAGAGCUUUUGGCUCACUUGGAGAUGCAUGAGACCCACAAAAAUGAAAUAUCAGCUCGUGCACGGGAUUUGGAACUGGAACUCGAUUCUUCAUAUACCCAGAGAAGAGAAAUGGAGAAACAAAAAGAUGAUGAAUUUUCUGCUCUCCUGAAAAAACUUGAGGAUCAAGAGAGUGAUUCAUCAUCUCGAAUUAAUGAACUGACAGCACAGAUCAACAGUAUGCUACUUGAAGUGGAGUCUUUACGCAUCACCAAAAGCGAGUUAGAAGAACAAAUAGUAAAUAAAGACAAUGUGGCAUCAGCUCAAAUUAAAGACUUGACAAAUCAGGUCAAUGCAAAGCAGCAGGAACUGGAAUCUCUACUCAUCCAAAAAACUGAAACAGAGACACAACUCGAGAAAAGAGUACAAGAAAUUUCUGAAUUCCUAAUUCAGAUCGAAUCUAUAAAGGAGGAGCUGGCUAACAAGAACUCCGAACAACAGAGGACACUUGAGGAAAAGGAGAGUCUUGUAUUACAGGUGAAGGAUCUGGAAUUGGAGCUUAACUCAUUACGCAACAUAAAAAGUGAAUUGGAGGAGCAGCUAAGUUGCAAAAGCCAGGAAAUUUCCAAACUCCAAAUUCACAUAGAGACUUUAAACGGGGAGUUUGGAAAGAAGACUGAGGAACAACAGAAAAUACUGGAAGAGAAAGAGAAUUUUGAAUCGCAAGUAAAAGACUUGGUACUGGAGCUCAACUCUCUAAGCAACCUGAAAACUGAAUUAGAAGAGAAGCUGAAAAGCAAAAGCGAGGACUUUAUUCAGUUGCAACAAGAAACAGAAGGUCUGAAAGUUAAAACUUCAGAGAUAGAGAGGGCAUUAAAAGAGAAAGGGGAUGAACUCUUCAGAAUAAAGAAGCAAUUUGAAGAUAGAGCGAAUGAUGCGUCUGCUCAAAUAAUGGCUUUGACAGGGGAAAUAAGCAACCUGCAAGAGCAAUUGGGUCUUUUAAGAACACAGAAAAGUGAAGCAGAUUCCAUUCUGGAGAAAAGAAGUGGGGAAACAUCAGAAUUUCGACUUCAGAUAGAAAGGCUAAAAGAGGAAUUAUCAACCAAAACUAUGGAUGGACAGAGAAUACUGGAAGAAAAGGAGGGUCUGGAAAUAAAAAUUGCUGAAUUGGAGAAAAUGCUAAAAGAGAGACUCGAUGAGGUCAUUGCUCUUGAGAAAAAAACGGAGGAUGUGCAGAAUGAAGCGUCCACCCAAAUUGCUGCAUUAACAGAACAAGUUAACAAUUUGCAGCAGCAUAUAGACUCACUGCAGUUGGAUAAAAGCCAGUUGGAGGUUCUAACACAGAGAGGUAAACAAGAGUCCACGGAAAGUUUGGCUAAAGCUGAGAAUCAGAGAGCUGAAUUAGUUGAGAAGAUUGCAGACAAGGAUAGAAUGCUGAAAGAAAAGGAAGAUGCAUUUAUCAAAUUGAGCGAAGAGCACAAAAAUCUCGAGGGUGAGUUUCAAAACUGUGAGGAAAAUCUCAAAUCUGCAAAGAAAAAGAUAGAAGAGAUGACAGAACAGUUCCACAAGGAUAUAGAUACCAAAAAUCUGAAAGUUGAUGAACUGGAAGAAAACAUUGAAGACCUGAAAAGAGAUCUGGAGAUUAAAGAAGAUGAACUUUCUACUUUGGUAGAGAAUGUACGAAAUACUGAAGUUAAGCUCCGGUUAACAAAUCAAAAGCUCCGAAUCACAGAACAGUUGCUGACUGAGAAUGAAGAGGACCAGAGGAGAAAAAUAGAGAAGUUGCAGCAAGAACAAAGCGUACUUGAUGAGAGGAUUGUGUCAUUGUCUGGAACGCUUGCAACUAAUAAAGAGCGUCAAAUGAAAAUCGUGUCAGAGGUAACGGAGAGAGUAAAUGAAACUUUGACAGGAUUUGAUACAUUUAGCGUCAAGUUUGAGGAAGAUUAUGGACACUUAGAGUCUCGAAUUUAUGAAAUCGUGAAUGAGCUUAAGAUUGCAGCUAACUGGAUAAAAGAGACCACAGCUGGGAAAAACGAGCUAAAGAAGGAAAUCGCCAACUUAGUUCAGCAACUGAAAAAUGAAAAAGAACAAGAGUUGCUUUUGAGAGAGAAGGUUGGAGAACUCGAGAUAACAUUGCAGAAGGCAGAAGGUGAGAAGGAAAUUUUGAAGAAAACGGUAACAGAACGAGAAGAGAAGUUGGGAGAGCUGGAGAAAAUGGUAGAAGAAAGGGACGAAAAGAUGAAUGAGAAAGAACAGGGAUUCUUGAGCCUAAUUGAGGAGAAAAAGAUGGCCAUAAAACAACUGUGUAUUUGGAUUGAUUAUCACCGCAACCGCUAUGAUGAUCUGAAAGAAAUGAUCACAAAAUCGACUAGUGGAAGAAGGCAGAUAGCCACAUAA